AGAAACCCAAUAAUUAUACAGCAGGCCACUAUAAAUGGCUCCACAUAGCGGCCUCUAGUGGUAACCAUGGGUCACGACAGCACAUGUGAGUCAGCAGGUGGCAUAUGGUGUCUGUCCCUCAGCCUGAUAUGGCACAUCACUGGGAGGGGAGGAUGCCAUCUUUACCUUAGCCCAAACUGAAGGCCCAGGGCGCACAGUCACAGACACCGUCACCACUUAAUUCACUUAAUGACCAGAUCAACAUGCUUACAGAACAGGGCUGCUAACCGCCGCUGCGGCGGACGUCAAAGAGCAGGUGGACCGAGGGGAGGGAGGUGGUGAAGGGGUAGCAGGAGGCUGCUUUGAAAGUGAAAUGCAGCCAAUAGUCUGUCUGUCUUGUAUCUUUUAGUCCUCCUAUACACCUCUUCACGUGUGGCUGAUAAGUUAACCAUCUCGGCUGCCCGAGGCCUCGACACACAGCCGACCCUUCCAUGGCCAGGGUACCAUGGGCUAUACUGCUACUGCUGGUCGUGACCCACCCCUGGGUGGCCCCAAUCUCCACCAGACACCUUUGUGGGUCCCACCUAGUAGAUGCGCUCUACUUUGUAUGUGGCGAUAGGGGCUUUUUCUACAACCCAAGACGAGUGAUCAAAAAACGGGAUUUGCAGCCCCUGCUUGGUUUCCUGAUUGAAAGGGCGUGGCUGGAGAAGAGGCCUGGGAAGGGCCCGUCAGGGGGUCACCCGACGACCAAGGUGAAGAGGGGCAUCGUGGAGCAGUGCUGCCACAGACCCUGCAGCUUUCACCACCUGGAGGGGUACUGCGACUGACUGGAACCAAGCGGUCAUCACGCGCCAAUGCAAAGGGCUUCACGUCAAUAUGUGCACACGGCUGGCAGAAGGUCACUUCUAAUGGACACGAAAGGCAAAUAAAGUUGGUCCAAUGUGA